CAUGGGUUCACAGCCCAUUCAUAAGAGCUAAGAGGGCGCAUGAUGUGUGUGCGUGUGUGUGAAACACAUUUUUGACCUCUAGAUGGUGUAUUCAACUGACGAUAUCACAGAAGCGACGAGCUUGGAGUCCUUUAAGUACAUAUUGGCGUCGUUGGCUGCAUUCUGGACUUACGAUUAUGCAUGUUCACUUCAUGAAGAGUGGUCAUUUUUGCUUCGGUCAGGCUGGAGCAAGAUGAAAGGCCUCUAUAUUGUUACACGAUACCUCCCCUUUAUCUUUCUGGCCACAAAUCUAUCUAUGUAUUUUAUCCCGAAUGAGAACUUAGGUAAAUGCCGGGUGCUGGAAAAUACUCAAUCAGGUCUUGGAAUAGUACUAGUCAUUGUCUCCGAAACUUUUUUUAUCCUCUUGCUCGUAGCCAUCUCGUCCACCUUUUUCAUUAUUUUUGCAGUAGCCUUCAGCAUUGUCUUCGCCACUGGCGACACUGUAGCAUAUGCGAUUAGUGCGCUCCCGGGAAUCACAGGGUGCUACCGGAAUUCGACAGUUUCCCAGUACUUCAUACCAUUUCUUCUCCUUUCCGUGUUCGAACUGGGACUCAUGGUGCUCACGCUCAUACGCGCCAUACAGAACUGGCGGAUGAACCCAAGCCGUCUGUACGUUGUCCUGGUGAACCAUAACAUAUCCUAUUAUGCAUGCAGUCUUCUGCUCUCGGUAACGAACAUAUUCGCAUCGCUGCUCCUCCAGGACUCCUACCAAACCUUUUUUUUCAAUUUCCAGUUUAUCAUGCUUGUAAUUCUUGCCACACGCAUGCACCUGCAUCUCUGGCAGGUGAAUCAACAUCCACACGGCUCUACUAGCAACCUCGGGCAUGUUCCAAUGUCCGACAUCUCAUCAAAUCCCACGGCGUGAUUGUCUUAUCCCGUGGCCUAUUCGGUGUCGUUCGUGGAGCGAUGUUUGGACCGUACAAGAUGACUGGCGGGAGUUGGUUUGGUAGAGUUGGUUACGUGCUUAACUUAUAGGAUGAAUCUGUCGCAGGGUGGUAGGAGCAUUUGGAUGUCCUUGGUCUAUUUGAG